AUGAUAACUGAAACUCGACAAAGUCGUACACGUCUCCUUCAGUAUUAUGAAUGUCGAACUCGUCCUCCUCGUCGUCGACGUCAUCAUACAUUGGAUAAUGCAACAUUAGAUAAAUUCAAUUUUAUCUGUAUACCACUACAUCUCGACGAGGGAUCAGGUCAAUCGUUAUCAUCAUCACAACAACAAUCUAAUGUAACUGUUACAUCUUCGAGAGAUAUUUUAUUAACAAAACCAACAGAAUUAUCAUCUCCGACACGUCGUGUUCGUUUUAAAUUUGAUAACCAUGAUAAAAAUAUAGAUAAUCAUAUUUACUCAUCCGAUAAUGAUCAAUUAUCAAAGAAACAUUCAGUUCAUCGUGUUGAAUUUCAAAUUCCUAUUCAUCGAGAUAUUAACCCAUGGUUAAAUGUUGAUUGUUUAUCUACACCAGCUAAAACACGUUCAAUAACAUCACAAAAAAUUGAUAUAAACUAUACGAAGAAGAAUACUACAUAUCCAUACAAUAUGACAUCAUACAUUGAUUCUGCAAUACCACCAACUGACGAUUCUGACAAGACUCGAACACAAUGGUAUAAAGAAAUGUAUUGUCAGAUUCAUAAAUCACCAGAACAUAAGAAAGACGAACAACCAAAUCCAUAUAAACCAACAUAUACAUUUCCGGAACAAUUUAACGGUGAUUUUGACCAUUUGGAAGAUUAUAUACGUAAAACAGCCUCAACUAAAGUUGAUAAUAAUAUUUCUUCGUCACCUGUACGAACAUCAACUGCAAAUAUGAAUGAUCAUCAAACGAUUUCAAAACGAAAUCAAGAAAAAACAAUACGUUUUAAUGAUCAUGUCACAACUUCAAUUAUUCCUUCACCACCAGUAGCAGAACGAACUAAAUCAACUAUUGAUACUCCGGCAUUGCCUAUAACGACUAAUUCAAGAUCAAACACGAACCAUCCUAUUCAAACAUCACCACCGCCGCCACCUCUACCACCUUCAACAACAACAACAUCAUCAUCAUCGUCAUCAACAGAUGAUGAACAAAAAUUAAUCUAUAAACGAGUGUUACGUGGUGGAGAUAUACCAUCAGCCGGUUUACAAAGGCAUAUCAUUAACAAUCGAGUCGCAUCUUCAUCCAUACAGCGUCCUUUAAAUCUUACUAAUCAUUUACAAUCAUCACCAAAACUAUUUGCUUAUUAUUCCGUACAUUGGGAACAAAAUCAAACAAAUCAGUUGCAUGAUCUAAUUGAUCAUGAUGUACAUUUUGAAAUCAAUUCAUGUUUAUAUUUUCAAAAUAAAAAUGAUGUUAAUAAUAUCGAUAAUAAUGAUGAUGAUGAUGAUGACGAUGAAUGGGAACAAAUACAUGAAGAUGGUUGUGGAUAUGUCAUAACUUAUCCUCCUCAUAUACAUCCAACAGAUAAUUUACAAAUAUAUAAUUUUGAUCGUAAAAAAAAAUUUCUCUUAACAUCGAAUGAUGUUUAUUUAAACAGUAAGAAAAGUUAUACUAUUUAUUCGAUUAAAAUUAUUACAUUAGAAACGAAUGUAAUAAUAAAUAACAUUCGGGAACAAAAAAAAAAAGGAUGA